GAGGUAACCAAGAUACUCGUCUACAAAAUGUCUCUGGCCGACAUGGGCACUGCCUCGCGGUCCGCCGCCGGUGGCGGUGGCGGAGGCGGUGGAGGUGGUCGUCACUAUGACCUGGCCAGCGGCGGUGGUGGUGGUCUGCCCGGUGGACGGAUGACGCACUCCCUGAGCACACCCUCCGGUGUGGAUGGAACUCCUUCGACGCCCAGACACCGCGGUGGCAAAAAGCUGACGGUCCGCAUCCAAAUGCUGGACGACACAGUGACCAUGUUUCAAGUUCAGGCAAAGGCAUUGGGCCGAGUCCUGUUCGAGCAAGUGUGCCGCCAACUGAAUCUACUCGAGGCGGACUACUUCGGAUUGGAGUACCAGGAGGUGUCCACUCAUACCAAAUACUGGCUGGAUCUGGAGAAGCCAAUGAACCGUCAGGUGGGCCUGUCGCUCAUCGAUCCAGUGCUGCGAUUCUGCAUUAAAUUCUACACCCCGGAUCCAGCCCAGCUGGAGGAGGAGUACACCAGGUAUCUAUUCUGCCUGCAAAUCAAACGAGACCUGGCCACCGGCAGCCUGCAGUGCAACGACAAUACGGCGGCUCUAAUGGCCAGCUACAUUGUACAGGCAUCGUGCGGGGACUUUGUGCCCGAGGACUAUCCCGACCACACGUAUCUGUCGUCGUACCGCUUUGUGCCCCAUCAGGACGCCACCAUGCAGCGCAAGAUAAUGGAGAACCACAAGAAGCACGUUGGUCAGUCGCCGGCGGAGGCGGAUCUUAAUCUGCUAGAGACGGCCAGGCGAUGUGAGCUUUAUGGCAUGAAAAUGCAUCCCGCCAAGGACGUGGAGGGGGUUCCCCUCAACCUGGCAGUCGCCCACAUGGGCAUCACAGUCUUCCAGAACAUAACGCGCAUCAACACCUUCUCCUGGGCCAAGAUACGCAAGAUAUCCUUCAAGCGCAAACGCUUUCUGGUCAAGCUGCACCCCGAGGGUUACGGCUACUACAAGGACACUGUGGAAUUCUUCUUCGAAGGCCGCAACGAGUGCAAGAACUUUUGGAAGAAGUGCGUCGAGAAUCACGGCUUCUUCCGCUGUACGGCUGUGCAAAAUACGCCGCGUCGCAAGACCCGCGUGCUUUCCCGUGGCAGCUCGUUCCGAUACAGCGGCAAAACGCAAAAGCAAAUUAUUGAAUUUGUACGCGAGAAUUAUGUAAAGAGGCAGAACUUCCAAAGGUCUCAGUCAUUCCGGCAAGGGCCACUGAAUGCUAGUAGCCGAAGUCAAUCGCAUACGUAUGUGAAUUCCAGCAUUUCAGCCAAUCCCCUACUCCCAAUUGACACUGCGGCAUGGGACUAUCGCAAUCAAUGCAGCGACUCGAUGACCCCUUCUCUGACGAAGAAGGCAGCGGAUACCUUGGAUCGCCGACGCGACAAUCCUACCGACCACAUGCGUUCUCAAGUCACAGCAGCCCAGGUGGAGAUCUAUCAGACGAAGAACUAUGCACCGGACUCGCCAACCUCCCCGGAGGAAGCGGCAUGCUCGGCGGCGGAACGGCAACACCACUCGGCAGCGGCUAUGGACCAAAUGAAUUCGAACCGCUCACUUUCACCACAGGGUCCGCAGUCGUGGACUUCGCCCAGUCACAGCAACAGCCUCCACCAGCAGCGCGCUCCCGAUCAGGCUCGUGUGCAUCCAGGCGAUCACAAUUUAGGUCUGAGCCACUUGUCCCACUUGUACAGCAGCAGCACCCCUCGUCGAGUCUCAGUGGGAUCCCAAGCGUAUGCCCCUGCGUCGCCGCAGCUCAUCAGCAUCAACACGCACAGCAGCAGCAACACCCACACCAACAACAACAUCAUCAGCACUAUGCUCAGCACACACACACCGGUUCGUUCGGUGGAUCUCAACAGCUCCAUGGAAUUGGAGGAGGAGGAGCCGGGCCCUGCGGACACGGAGGAGGAGGGGGAGCCUAUGGGGGAGGAGGAGGAGGAGGAAUUGGUCGAGGAGGAAGCGGAUUCGGACUUGACGGCAUCUACCACCAAUCGGGAGACUAUGGUGGCAGCCUCAGUGGCGGGAGCAUCGGUCUCGGGCUUGGCAUCGGGCUCGGUCUUGGCCAGUGCCCAUCGUCAGCAGCUUCGGUCACAGGAGUCCCAGUCGCAAACUGUCACCCCAGUCCAUUAUAGCAGUACGAACUAUUCGAUGUCUAAGCAGUGCAUGCUGAACAACGCCAAUGCCAACUCGACCGAAACGGAGACGGACAACAUCAUCUACACCGACAUCAACGACAUGGGCCACUACAAGUACCCGGACUUUCACAGCUCCGCCCACCAGGAGCACAAAAUCUCAAACAGUGAGCACUUGAAUCUUAACGAACGCAACGAUAUUUACGCCACGGUCAACCGCAAAGCCAAGUCCAAGACGCGCGAGAAGCACUUCAGCGACGAGUUCAUCGACCAAUCCAUUCUCCAGUACACCAGAGCCAAGCAGAUGGGCCUCAGCCACGUGCCGCUCUUGCAACAGCCCAGCACUUCUGCCUACGCAGCCGCUGUCCAGGAGAGGAGCUACAACAGUGGCAGCUACCAGUACCACAACGAUCUCAAUCAUCCUUCGGAAUCAUCGUCCUCGUCCUACUUUGGCACCGGCUUCGGCACGAAACGAUACGGCCAAGGGGAGCGAGUGAAGUUGGCCCAAUCGGAAAAUUACCUGACCCCAUCCGUGGACUCUCAAAGCUCCCGGCAUACUCACUCGCUACCUCGGAACUCGGAGCUCUCUGGCGUGGAUUCUGUGGACUCGUAUGACAGUCACUACAUUACCCAUCACUCGGUGGGCAACUUACCACCGGUACGCCAAUCCUCUUCCUCUGAGAAACUCGAUUAUCACUUGACUCCGGGUGGUCUCUACUCCACAACCCAGUUUGUGAAACCAGAAGAGGCAGCUGCCCAUUACAUGGACGAUGAAGAGGAGGAAGAUGAGGGCGAGGAUGGCGAAAACAUCUACGAUCAGGUGGAGCGAGAGUCCUGGCUGAAGAGUAGUUCGUGCAAGGAUCUGUUCGAGCGAUACAGCAGUACCUACUACGAUCGGGAGCUGCCCAAGCCGAUGACAGCUUUCGACAAGGAGUUCCUCUCCUCGAACCGCAUCGACUCGCCGGUCACCCGCUAUGACGAUUCCCGACACUCUCUAUAUGUGACCAAGAACCACUCGAUCGAUGCCCACCAGGACUUCUCUCCACUUCCACAGAGCAAGGUGUACUCCUCCAGCUAUCCGGGCAGUACCUACAACACCCAGGAGCACAAGCGUCAGCAUGGCCAUCACUUGGACUAUUCCGGUUCGCAAGAUGACAUCUCCCAGGACAGCUACGAGCUCCUUGAGAAGUACGACAUUGACUUCUUUGGCGGGCGCCAUCGGUCUGAGGACCACAUGCGCUCUUGCUCGCUGGACUCGGGCAAUUAUAUACCCAGUGACGAUGAGUCUGUCUCCGAAGGACAGCAACAGCCGAAGUACCGCUCCGCCAUCGAUGUCAAAUCAAAGUCGGCGGCCGACAUCAUGAACGAGAUCUGGGACGCCGAGGAUCCGCGCUAUCUACCACGCGAGAAGCUUUCGGUGAAGUCGGAUGGCAAUUUCUACAAGAAGAUACAAGAGACUCUGGCCUUAACACGAACCUCCAGCCAGGAGAGCCAGAGCGAGAUGUUCGAGACAAAGAUUUCACGGAGUUCGGACUCCAGCAAGAAGUCCCGCGACAGCCUCUACCACACGGACAGUAAAAAGUCAAGGGAGACCACAAAGAGCAAGACCUCAGUGGCCUCUAGCCAGGAUUCGAAGGAGUCGCUGGUGGGCGACUGCUUCGGCAGAAACUACGAGAUGCCCACCACCACCGGCAAGAAGGUAAAACAGUUUACCAAAAAGGAGCUCUACGAGAAGUUCGCCCAAUCCAGUCAGGAGUCGAAGAGCGACUAUUACGACGCGGUGGAAACAGGUGUGGAGCCACCACCCGAAGGACUUUAUUCGCGGCCCAAGGUCAAGAGCCACGAUUGCCUUCUCUCGGACACACAUAGUUCCACGGCAAACAGCUCCUUCUAUGACAGCAGGGACACCUAUUCCACUUUCCCUAGCAACAAGACGCACAAGACCUCCAAGGUCCACUCCAUCAGUCUGCAAAAUGUUGAAAUCGAACGGAACGCCAAGUCCUUUGGCAGCAAGUCGCCGGAGUCUGUGUCGACUCCUGCGUCGGGAAAACGUUGCCGGGAGAAGGACAUUCAAACUGGUGACUCUCUGGAUAAAAUGGCUCCCAUGAAACGGGGAAAUUCGCAAUCCUGCAAGAUCUCUGCUUUCCGUCGCCGAUCGGACAGCGAAAACAUCUUCAGCUUUGACCAGGAUCGCAUCGAGUGCAUCCAAAAGUAUACGAAACAAUGGGAAGGCCAGCAGCAGAAGGACGAGAAGAGCAAGCAGAGUCCAGAGUAUCCACUCACGCCGGAGCUUGUAUCUGAGUUCGAGAAGCAGCAGGCACGUCUGAUGGCUCACCAGAAAAUCACACGCAAGGAGGAGCUUAUAGCCAAGACCCACUUCGAAGAGUAUAAUCCGAUUAUGGUGCCGAUGAGUUACUCUUCCCAUGCCACCGUGGAGCGCACCAAGAGUGACCCCAACUCGCUGGCCAAUCGCGCCCGCUUGGGGAGCAAUUCCCGGCGCCACGUACUCAUGCAUCAGAAGUCCAUAGAUCUCACACCUGCUGAUUCAAACUCCAGCGACGAGGACUACAUGUACAAGCAGAUUCCAAGUGCUCCUCCACUUUGCAAGGCUCAUGGCAACUUUGAGAUUCCCAAGUGCUACGACGGUGCUUCCUCUGCUCAGUUAGCUCAGGAACUUCCAAAGACUGGGUUCGAGCUACCCAAGAGCUUCUUCAGGGAUUAUGAAAGGCGUUUCACCAAAGUUCUCAAAGAGGACAUUCCCUAUGUCCUUCACAAGAGACACAUCAUGAACGGCACGGCACCCUCGCCCAGCGAGAAAAAACAUAACAAGCCCAAGUCUCCGAAAUCUCCCAAGUCGCCAAAGUCCCCCAAGUCGCCAAAAUCGCCCAAAUCUCCCAAGGCCAGUGUGACACUACCAGGAGCUGGUGCUUCUGAUUUUCUUCCCGACAUCCUGGACAGCCUGCUUCCUGCAGAAACGAAGGAGUUUCUGUUCACCCAGAACAUUGAUCUUUCCAAAGUCGAUCCCAUCACCCUGGAGAUCGACAAGACGAUACCAAUCAUUCAGCUGUCGUCGCCCAAGAGGGACAUAACCAAGCAGAUGGACGCCUGCACCCUGGAGAAGCUGAACAAGAAACUGAGCCAGAUCGAAAGUGAUUCGGCGACUAGUUCGCGUACGGAAAGCAUGCAGCAGCAGAAGCUGGAACAGAAGCAGAUGGAGCUCAUUCAGAGCCUUCGCAAGGAGUUGCAAUUAAACGCGCGAAAAGCCAACAAACCUCGGGUCAUUCCAAAAACCAAAUCCACCGGAAAGUCAAAGAAGGGCAAGACUCGCAUUACUUCGUUCUCGUCCGAUGACGAGAGCCUCGAUUCGGACGACGUGUUUGGAUCAGCGGAGGCUAUCCCCGAUCGUUUGGAAUUCUCGCCUCCGCAGUCACGCAAGGAAAUCGAAUCGAUCCUGCGUAUUGAGCAGAGCCGUCUCAUUUCAGCAGCCUGGGGCCGUGGGCAGACAAUGAGUUCCACGGAAAUCGAGGGAUCUCCGCCUCAGUGCAGACGACUGGCCGAGUUGGAGAGUCGCUAUCAUCCUCAAAAGCUGGACCCGCAGUACGCAAAUGCUACGGAACUGCGGCGUAUUUCGGAGCGAUCCAUUUCCAUACCAUCGUCGGAGGACGAGCCGCAUGUUCCAAUGCGCGGUCGAAUGGAUGAGUGUACUAAUGAUUAUCAAAGGAACGAGAACAUUCCCUCGCCCAUUUUGGAGCACGCCGAGUUCUUCCGCAGCAACGACGACAUUUACGAGACUUGCCACGAGGAGAAGAUCACCGGCUCCGACAUCGAUUACACUCUCAAAAAGCAGACGGCCAGCGGAGCCAAGUCCAAGGUGAAGCUAAUUGAGGAGAUCAUCGACUCAUCGAUCGUUAUGCGUUCCAAAGGACACGCUCCCAUCCUGUUUGCCCAUGCUCGGCUGAAUCUCUCAGAGGGAUCUGUCUCGCUGCAACGCCAGAAGGCCACCCAGCAACAAUCUCCGACCACGGAGCGCCGCACAAAGAGUCUGGACACUCCGGUUAUUUCCCUGCAUCGCCUACCACCCAUGAACGCAUUCUCCUCAAAGGACGACACUGUGGGCUUUGAAGAAGAGGCGGAGAUUCUCGAAGAAAAAUCCUUGGAGAGGGGAAAUCAAUCUGCUGCCCCGGAUGACGACGCUGCCGACAGCGUUCACUCGUGCGCUGGGUCCAUUCCCACGCAGGGUAGUAACCAAACCAAUGGCAGGGAUUCGCUGAUCAGCGCUGUGACCAUCGACAGCGAGGAGGCGGAGCUGCUCAACCAGCUGAAGUACAUCGAGAAGAUCGCACUGCAAGGCGUCAAGAUCAAGGAUAAGAAGAAGUCCAAGAUGAAGCUGAGAAGCGGAGACCAUCUGAUUCUGAAUAUACCCAAAUAUCGGUUCACGGACUGGUCACCUUACAGUUCAGCCAACAGCUCCCGUAAGACUUCUCCGGGCGUGUCGCGGGCCAGCAGCAUCGAAAGUACUGGCAAGGGGAAGCUGAAGACUUCGGAGCCUUUCAAGGGAAAAGUGUCUCGAAGUCGUCCAGAGUCGCGACGCACCAGUGCAGAUGAUAUCAAGGCCAGGGAUGGAAGGGGCAGCAAGAAGUCGAGUCCAAAGGAACGCCCUCGCUCCAUCGAAAUGCGUCGUCUGAGCAAGGACAAGAGCAAAUCGCAGGAGGAGACCGAGGCGGACAUAGCCAAGCGAAAGGAGCGCCAGCAGAAGCUGUACGAGUCGGCCAUGAAGCAGACCAUCACUAUGCUGAGCCCUGUGAAGGACACCAUGCCGGCUUUCCCCGCUCCCGAGGACAAGAUUCUCGUGAAAACAGACGGCGAUAAAAUAAUCAUUGAAACCGAGUUCAAGUCCAAGGCAGAGGAUCACGUCCUUAUUGCCAAGAGCCCCAGAAAGCUGGACAACUCGUUGGUGAAAUUCAGCCGCAGCUUUGAUGAGGGACGCAGCCCCGACAAGCUUGACAAGGCAAACCGCAGCUUUGAGGAUCGUAACAAGUCCUUUGAGGACUCUGAAAAGUCAGAGGCACUCGAGGACAUGCUGAUCAAGUCGCCGAAAAAAAUCGCCAAGGCCCAGGAAGUCAAGCAGAGGAUCGAAGGAAGCGUUGUCCACAAGAAAAUCGAUGGAAAGUCCAGCAGCCUAGAGAAACCAGGCGAGCAUCACUAUCUUGGUGGGGACGCCAAAGCCCGAAGCCUGGACGACAAAAGACAGGCAGCCGAGGCGGCUAAGAAGAGCGAGGAGAAGCCAGCUCCAGCGGCUAGAAGUGCUGUCGGAGAUCGUCGGAUGUUCGCCCAUCAAUACCAAAUUCAAGAGCCCCUUCAGGAGGACAUUGACAUGCAGGCGGUGAUUAUGGAACGCCGCUCCCUGGAGAUAUUGAAGCGCUCAUUGCCCUCCGAGGAUGCCCGCGACAGCGAGGGCGGCAUCAGCCGAAAAGCUUCCACCGCUGAGAGCCUGGACUCUUUCGUCUCCGCCGACAACAGUCACUCGCCGGCCAGUAAAUCACCCAUUCCUGGGUCUACAGGAGGAGCUGAGGGCUAUCCUCACCGAGUGCCGACCAUUGAAUGCGAGGAACCCUCCAUCGAGGAGGACGAUAAUUCGCUCGAGAGGCGACAUCUUAGGGUUGGCAGGCAGGAUACAAACCGGCUGAGCUUGGACCGCAGCCGCAGCGAUGAGACCGGCUCCUGGAUGACGGUGGAGUGCGAUGAGUUCAUCGGAUCGGAUACUUCUGAAAAUGAGCCGCGUACUCUGGAACCGGAUCGAAAUAUUCUAGAGACUCAGGCCACCCUGGAAGAUGCCAACCCCCUUGAGUACUCCAACUGCGCCACGCCUACCUCUGACCUCAAUAUUCUGGUAACUCCACCAAAUGCCAGUCCUCAGAUCGAAAAGUCCAUUUUGGAGACUUUCGAGAAAUACACCUCGGACAGCUCCAAAAAGAAGCACAGCUUGGACAAGCAAAGCGAUCGGUCCAAGAGCUCAGAUUCCUGGACCAGUGGAGAGAAGGAUACCAGCCCUCAGAGGCAACAAGAUUCCAGCCUGUCGGUGGGCAAGGAAAAAAGCUCGGUAGAGGAGGAGUCCAGUGUCAGCUGCUCCAUUGCCCGACCCCUCGGCAUCUCCCAGGAGUUUGGCAACGAAGAGGCGCGCCAGUGCCAUGAGUUGAAGCUCCGAAUGCUUCGUUUGGAUGUCGGAAAAGAGGAUAUCUCGCCUACGGGCUCCAAUGAACAGACGCCCACCAACGAGCCAAAGACAACGAUGUUGGGCAGGAAGCCAAGCACACCGACAUUGGAGAAACAGAGUCCCAUAGAUCUGGGCACCAGCACCGAGUCUUAUCUGGAUCCGAUUGAGGAGCGCAUUUCAAAGAUUUUGGAGCGCGGCACUAUACGGACAGAGGACAGCGAGUCGAGUUCGGGGGGUUCCCGGAAACCGCCCAGGAUUGAAAAGCCAGCUAGAGCCAAUGCGGGCAAGAAGCUGUCGGUGACCCGAGCCGAACCAGGGAAAUCGGGCAGCGAUCGCAGUUCCCAGGAGUCCAAGUCCAGCUUCGACUCAAAAGGAUCGUUGAGCGUGGAAUCGCGAGGCUCCUUUGAGACGGAAAGCAGUUCUGGAUCGUUAGGGGCUGCCCAGAGGCGAGGUGAUCUGGCCCAGAAGGAGCAGCAGAGCACCUGGCGACCGUUUCCAAUUGAGAGCUCCAACAGUUCCAGCACCGACGAUCCCUGGCACCAUUUGGAGACAGACGGGGGCUACGAGCGGUAUGAUGCACAAAAUCCCUUGCGCGAUUCGUCGGAUAGUGACGUGAAGGAGGUCUCCCCAGAUGAGCAAAAGGAUGCCAGCGACACCAGCUAUCAGGACGAAUUGAAUGACUUCCCGGCCACAUUUGGCUACCCGGCAAUGACGAGCAACUUGAGUGGAAUUGGUGUGAAUCCCACGGACAUCAUAGGGUACAGCACGGGCUUCACCUUGGGCAGGACCCUAUCCAGGAUCUCGGAGCGAAGCACAGCCUCGGAGAAGUCUAGCAUGGAGGACGACAUGAGCAAGGCCUCCACUCACUCGGUGAGCAUGCGGGACGAGUCCAUAGGCUCCACGGAUCAUCAGCCCAGCUUGAGUUCCGAUUCGCGGAGCAACACGAACUUGGCGUAUAUUUCGGAUGCCGAUCGGCGCACCUCAGCCGAAAUGCCGGAAAUUCCCUGCGAUUCAGCAACUGGCGAUCGUCUCUCCAGCUUUGGCAGCGCCAACGACCCAAAAUCUCCCACCAUGGUCACCGGACGCUUCUCUGUGACCCAUGUGGAUGAGCACACAGGGGAAGAUGCGGACAGGCACACUCUCAUGUGCCUUUCGAAUGCCGGCAGCCAGGAUUCUGAGGACUGGCCACUACCAGAGAUUCCGUUCGACCAUGUUCCCAUAAAACCGGCCGACGCCCUGUAUGGUAUGCCAGAUCUGGAUAAGCCAGUGCCGAAAUCCUUCUGCUGGAAAGCCAGCUUGGCGUUCCAGCAGUCGCAGGAGUCGAUAGACUGGCCUUCGCCUCCUUCCAGCGCCGUUGGAGCACCCGUCAUCGUGGAGAGCAUCGAAACCUACUACGCCAGCGAAGCCCAGAGCGCCGAUCAGGUGGUUCUGGACGAGGAGAUGGCAAUGGGACCGCCAGACGUCGCCAGAGUGCUUCCCUAUGAGGACACUGCCUACCUGAUGUCCGCCGCCUUCGAAGAUAAGGACUUUGGCAGCGAGCAACUGCAGCCAGAUCCGGUCAGCUGCCUCAGCUCCACUCUGAGCGCAGCUUCCUGCUUGUCGUCAUCGCUGAAUGUGUCCUGCACCACCUCCUCCACUCAGGCCACUGCUCGGGCGCAGCGCAAGAACUCCAGCCCCGAAGUAAUCAUGGCCCAACCCACUAGAUCUCCCGCUCCCCGCAGUCCUCUUUCGGAGGAGGAGAUGUUCUCCAGCGACGAUGUUUUCAUGCCGGGAACCAUCAAGGUGCAGCUAUCCCCGGAUGCCCAGCUCCGAAAGCUGUCUCGUGGCUCCAACAACUCCGAUACUUCCAUCGACGACAUUCUGUCGGGCAGUGGAACCUACGACCAGACCACGGUGCGCAGGAACUACGAAUCGCGGCUAAGCAGCGGUGGAGGAGCUGCCGGAGGCUGCAAGAAGUGUAGUCACUCCAGUCACUCCGAGGAGGAAACCAGCUCCAUGGGAACCGACAUUGACGGCACCGUGCGCAUGGGCGGGCUGGCCCAAAGGAAGUGUACCCACAGCUCGCACUCCGAAGACACGUCAAUAGGUCUGAGCAUCUCAGAGUGGUCCACCGGAACGAAUACGGUCAGGCAGUACGCCAAUCUCUCCGGCUCUGAUAGCCUUUCAGCGGUUUCCACACAAUCGUGCGCCAAAAGCGAGAAAUCAAAUCAGACCAAGUCGAGCAUCAGUUCCAUCAACAAGUCGGCGGAGAGCCUGAACGAGGGCAGCGGCGGCAGUAGCUUCUCCCACAAGUUUAGUGGCGACAACGGCUCAUCUGACGGACUGCGGUACGACAUGCUCUCCAACUCGGACACGGAUAAGCUGAGCGAGACCACUUCCGCCACGCGAAGCGACGACACCACUCUGAGUCUCACAGAGAUGGCUCAGACCAUCAGCGAGUGGUCCACCUCCAGCAGUCGCACCCUCGUGGGCGUGGCUCCUGGAGAGUAUAUGCCUCUCAAGCAAUCUCGAGUGGGAUCCAAGACUAGCCUCAAUUCUCCGAGUGAGGAGAAGCGCUGUUCCCUGCCCCAGGUGCAUCGGCGAAGUGGAAGCAAUGGCAAUCAAGGAAGAUCCAGCCAGGAACAGGUGGACACCACCCAGGGCCCAGAGACCAGUGCCGCCGCCCGGAAACGCCGUUCCCUGGAGAUGAUGUCCAAGCUGUACCAGAGCCAGGAAAUCUGCUCGGAGUCAGAGUCUCCGUUUGUGGAGCGCUUGUAUGCCCACACCGAGAAACUGACUGAGCGCUAUCAGAGCCAGGAGUUUGUGCCGCUCCAUGGAGCCACAUCAUCGACAGCUCCAGCACCACAGCCAGCAGCAAAGCAGAUGCAAGCCCAGCAGCCGCAGCAGGUGCGUCAGAAGGCGAAGGCCCCCCAACCACCUGUGGCCCCCAAGCCAUCGGUUACCAGACCCAUUAUGCAAGCUUUGCUGAACAAAAUGAAGCAGCCGGGCUUCGCGGAGGAGGCAGCCGCUGCUGCUGAAGCUGAAGAACAAGGUAAAGCUAAAGGGACAGCUCCUGCUCCACCCCAAGCUGUGGUGAAGCCUCCGCCACCACCUGUGCCCACUAUACCACCCAUUGUAACGCCCAGCGACCUACCCGGGGAAGUGGUUGCUCCGCCGCCCAAGCCGCUGGCCAAGCACCACAGCUACGACGACAGGACGAUGUCCAAGACGCAGAUCCGCGAGUUCAAAACCACCAGCAAGCAGCUGCGACAGUCAAGCUCCUUCCACGAGCACAUGCUCAGCAAGUCGCAACAGUCCUCCCAGGAGCUGCCGAUGCGGAUCGACGAAGAACGGGAUGCGCACUCCACAUCCUCGGCCACGAACACCACCACCACAACCAACACGCUGAACAGCGAGAGCACAGAGCCCAAUUCCCCGCAAAUGCCUCAGCGGGCGGACAAACUGGUUCGCUGCUCCCCAUACUAUUCCAGCAGUCUCAGCUCAGAGUCGCCACCGAACCAGUUGAUACAGAAGCCGCCGAGGAAGGUGGCAAGUCAGCUGUGUGCCGGAGCUGUUGCCACAGCCCUGAAGAGUCCGCCCAGCGGUAACGACACGGACAGUUCGCUGGAUGUGCGCGGCCAGGAGGCGAAGAUGCGGAGCAGGGGCUAUCGCAAGAAGCGCCAGUUGCCCGCCAAACGGAUGAGGGCCAAUCUGACGGCGGCUGCCCUGCUAGAGCAGGCGGAGAGUUCCGAGUGCUCGGAGGGCUACGUGCCGGAGGUGGAUUCUGGGAGCUCGGAGUAUUCGUCCUGCCAGCGGGAUGACCAGUAUUUGGAAUUCGACGAGGAGCUGGAGCGGGAUCAGGAGCAAACGGAUGAGUACGACGACUAUCCGCAGUACAGUGGCAAGUUCGAGAGCCUGGACAUGAGCGACAACGUGGACGAGAUGGGAUUCCCGAGGUACGACCGUCUAGGUCACAUCACCAAGCCCAUGUACCACCAGGCCCUUGCCAUGGAUCGUCCUAUCGUCGUCCAGGUUCCAGCUGCGGCCAACCAUCCCAUGCCGCCGGCCACUGGACAGCCGGUGAAGCCGGCGCGCACCAAAAAGCGUCAGUUGAAGCGGGAAGACUCCAUGGCGGCAGGAACUUCGGCAGGAGUCGUUCCAGUGCAGCCCUAUCAUGGACGUAACUACUGCAAUCCCGAGGAGAGCGAGUACGAAACCCGGGGUGGAGGGCUCUCCGAUGAGAUGGCCAAUUCCAGUGAGGACAGCUGCAGCGGCUUCGGAGGAGGAGCCGGAGCAGCUGGGUCGGGCACCAUACGCCGUGGAGCGGCCAGAGGAAGUGGCCACGAUCAGCAGGCAGCGGGCGGAGGGGCGGCAGGUGGAGGAGGAGGAGGAGGACCUGCAGCAGGAACGAGCGCCCAAUCUCGACAGCAGCUGCCCUAUCCAGACUUCCUGUCUGACUACGAAACGGAACCCAUUGAGUAUGAGCGAUAUGCCUGCGGUCUGGACAUCCGCGUGGAUCCACCGCCCAAGUUCCACGACUCGGAUGAUCUGAGCGACCAGUAAGAGCAUGUACAUCCUCCGGAGAACAAAGGAUGUUAGACCCAAGUACCCUUUGUAUGCGCUUAUCGAAUGCAGCCUUUUGAUUUGUUCCGUUGCCUUGGAAAUUUUUAGAACAACUCUACGACUUUUACACACGAUCCAAAGUACUUAUAACCAACUUAUUUGUAAUUGAGACUGAUUUACGACAAAGAACAAAUCCGAAAUGGGAGACCCACGAAUCUUACAAGCUGCAUACAAAAAAAAAAAACAAAAAAUAAGGAACACUAUAGACAAUUAAAACUCUCCUUGAAGCGUUAGAAAAUCAAAUCAAAUUCAGAUAAACAAAUUUUAAUCAAACAUUUAAAAACCUAACAAAUCAAAUACCUUAAAUAAUCGAGAUGGCAACUGAUGUCGGUAUAGGUCGGAGUAGAUUGGUUUGCCUAAGAGCACCGUCUACAUAUAUAUGAUAAUGUUAUAGAUUCAACAUUCAAGAAAUUAUAUAUAUAUAUAUAUGGGGAAUAUUGAGCGGAAACGUUAAACGAGUUGAACAAAUUUUAAUGCACUGUUUAAUCAUCGAAUAAUGGAAUACCAGAUACAUGAAUACAAAUGUUUAAUUGUUAUUUAGCUAAUACACGACACGAAUCGAGGCAUAAUGUUUAAGAUUACAGUUAUUACAUGGAUAUAUUACACGAUUCAUUCAAGUUGCCAAGAAGAACUCUGCACACCUAUGUUCUGUGUUAGGUCAGUAUUGGUUGUCCUAUCCAACUGAGUUCCAAUCCAAGUGCCAACGCCAGGCAUACCUACCUACUACAUAGGAAUAUGCGGCCCAUUACUAGUUGCGGAACCACUAUACACCUACGAUCUAAGUCCAGUAAUCUCAGUUGAUGAAGCGACAAAUCAGCCAAUUGCUUUGAAACCAAAUGCUUAGCCAAAUGCAUUUGGAGUUCCUCACCUCAGAUCCUCACUCUUUAAUGUUCCCAACCAGGACUCUGUAUAAUCACAGUAUAUUGAAGCAUUUACUCCAUGCCACAAAGCGAUUUUCUAGCCAUAUAUAUGUAUUUUAUGUAGCCCUCGGGCUAUAUAGGUUUUUAAUUUUUAUGCCAAAUGUUUUAGACGCCAAUUAAAUAUUUAAAAAUUACUUACGAAUCUCAUAGGCGAUCAAAUGUUGUCUUAGCCAUUAGUUCUACUUAGUACAUGAAUGUGCCAAAAUUCAAGAGCCGAAUAUGGAAAAACUUAUACCGAAAGUAUUAACAUAUGUAUGUAUGUAGUGAGUAAUUUUAAUGAAAAAGCAAAAGGAAUUAAUCGAGACCCUGUUAAGUUUUAUAUCCAAUUGGAAAGUCAUCCUUCCCUCCAUGGGAUGGUGGAUAUUUGUUUGGUCUUUAAGUUUACGAUAAAUGGAAAAGUAUUUAAAUGUUGUUAGAAAAUCUAAAAGAAUGAGUAACUAAAAGAGUAUUAGGCAAUGUAAGGAUGGAAGAGCGUACAAUAAUUUCGGUAAUUUAAUCCAGAUCAAAAGUAUUUGAAUCAAAAUAUGUGUAUUAUUUAAGCUAAGAUUCAAAUGGAAAAUUGGUUGUUGUGUACCCUUGGAAAUAAGUUAAUCAAAAUAUUAUUUUUUAUUCGAUGGAUCCGGUAUUUUAGUUAGGCAAGUUAAGGAAAGGAUAGUUUUUAGUGUGAUUUAUUUCCAUAAAGAACCCCUCGAGUGCAAAACUAAAAGUUUCUUUAAAAUUAAAAUGGAAUUUACUUAGAAAACACGAAUCACAAAAUUACUAGCUGAAUUUUAAAACAAGUUAAGACACAAAGGAACUAAAAAGGUCACGUAUUUCUUUCCAACACAAACGAAUAAUGAAAUAAAGUUUAUUUUUAACAGAUAUCUUUUUCUCACAAGUUAAAAAAUAUUAAAAACAGAAAAGUGACCGAAGUCUAUAAAAAAAAUACAAAAAAUGGAAUGUACACGAGCAAUCGAUUUAACGAGCAUUAAAUUAUAAUUAUAUAGAAACGAAACUAAAUAAAUAAAACUUCAUUAAUCAA